AUGUUUAUGGUAGUUAAGAGUGAAGCCAUGAAUAAUGAUGCUCCUCCACCAAGUAUCAAUGAUGGUGAUGAAUCCACCGUUGAAAAAAUCGUCCGUCAACCCUUGAUCAAAAAAAAUUCUCUCCAAGAUGAAAAUCACAUGAAUGAAAAUUUUCAUAAUAAAAGGGAAAAUCACGUGAGUCAGCAGUUCGAUUCGUUAAACGGUCCAAGUCACAGUAACGAAUCCGAAGUAAAUGCCAAUACCGUGAUUCCUCCUAUUCACGAAAGAAAUAUAAAGCCGGGCCCUCCAAGCGAAUCUGAUUCAUCAAUUACUGAAGGUUCUGUUGAAAACGUUUUAUCUGACAAUACGGCUCCAACAACUGAAGAAUUGCGUGAAGAAGGAUGGGGCAGUUCUCCUAAAGAAAAUUACACGAAUUAUCCUUAUUCAUUUGAACCUAAUCGCUUUUCUGAUACGUCCAAGAAUUAUUUUAAUUUGUUCUCUGAUGAGUCCAAAAAUAAUUACAAUCACUCUCCUAAUGAGUCCAAAAAUAAUUACAAUCAUUCUCCUAAUGAGUCCAAAAAUAAUUACGAUUACUCUCCUGAUGAGUUCAAAAAUAAUUACAAUCACUCUCCUGAUGCGCCCAAAGAUGAAUCCAUUGACCGUAAGGAUGUGGUGGAUUCGGAAUUGCAAAAAAAAUUGCAUACAAGUGAUGCUAAUGAGGAUGCUACGAAUAUUAGUCAAUCAUCUCGUGAAUUGAAUGAUAACGCUAUCAACAAAAAGUUCGGAGAUCAAUAUUCUAAUAACUCAAUUUUAUUUGAGAUGCCAAAAAACUCUCAAAAUAUCGUUGAAUCUGACUCUCCACUCGUCAGUCAAGGAUCGAAACGUUCUAAUACCUCGGUCGCCAUUGCUUCACGUGGACUUCCACGUGAAUUAUUCUCCAAUAAUCUUUACAUAGGUUCGAUUGAACAACUCCCACCCAUAGGUCUUACUUUUUAUUGGCUUGGUUGGUACACGGAAGCUGCGUUCACAUGCGUUGCUGAUAAACUUGGUCUUGUGGACCGAUACACAGGAAUUCCGCUUAGUAAAUUGUUUAUUUGGCUUUAUUCUCCUGAAAAUUGGAUGGGUAUCAAAAAUGAAGAUUUGACACAAUUAGAAGCUGCAAGAACGAUGAAAUUAGAAUAG